AUGAUUGAUUUGCAGCUUCUGCAGGUAGAGAAAGGCGGCAACCCAGACCUAGUGCGCGAGUCGCAGCGCAAGCGCAAUGCACCCGUAGAACUUGUCGACGAGGUAUUGUCGAUGUACAAGCACUGGGAAGUGAAUGCUACACAGAAAGCCAUCACGGCGAAGAAGAAAGCCAAGGAAGACGCAGAUGCCGAGCUUGCGAAGAAGAAGGAACUCGAUGCCAAGAUCAUUGAGUUCAAGCCUCAGGUCGCUGAGGCUGAGCGUGCGAUGCGUGCGAAGGCAGUGACGAUCGGUAAUAUUGUUGGCGAUAAGGUGCCGGUGUCAAACACAGAAGAUGACAAUCUAACUGUGCGUACGUGGCAUCCUGAGGGACCCAAUGCACAGUUUGAGAAGAGAAUCGACUUUGUUUCGCACCACGAGGUCAUGUACCGCCUUGAACUGUUCGACACGGAGCGAGGUGCGAAGAUCUCUGGGCAUCGUGGCUUUUUCCUCACAGGCGAUGGUGUUGACCUGAACCAGGCAUUGAUCAACUAUGGCUUAGACUUUUUGCGGAAGAAAAACUACAAGAAGAUGAUGACUCCCUUUAUGAUGCGGAGGGAACACAUGGCCAAGACGGCUCAGCUCGAGCAGUUUGACGAAGAAUUGUACAAAGUGACGGGUGAUGAGGAUGACAAAUAUCUGAUUGCUACGUCUGAGCAGCCCAUCUCUGCAUUCCACUCGAAUGAGUGGUUCGAUCGCCCGGCCGAGCAGCUGCCAAUCAAGUAUGCAGGGUACUCGACGUGCUUCCGGAAAGAAGCUGGCUCGCACGGCAAGGAUACAUGGGGCAUUUUCCGCGUGCAUCAAUUUGAAAAAAUUGAGCAGUUCUGCAUCACGGAUCCUGCUAGUUCAUGGGAGAUGCUGGACCACAUGCUCGCCAACUCGGAAGAAUUUUACCAGAGUCUACAAAUCCCGUACCGGGUUGUCGCUAUUGUUUCAGGCGCUUUGAACAACGCCGCAGCAAUGAAGUAUGACCUCGAGGCUUGGUUCCCCUUCCAGGGUGAGCACAAGGAGCUUGUCUCUUGUUCGAACUGCACAGACUACCAGAGCCGGCGUCUUGAGGUCCGGUGCGGUAUGAAGAAGCAGGGAGAUACGAAAAAGCAAUACUGUCACAUGCUGAACGGCACGCUGUGUGCGACGGAACGUGCUCUAUGCUGCUUGGUUGAGAACUGGCAGACGAGUGAGGGCUUGCGGAUUCCACCCGUUCUCCAGCCGUACAUGCAAGGCCGAGACUUCUUGCCAUUUACGAAGGACCUUCCCAAGGGCUCCACGAGCCAGAAGCGCAAGUAA